UCCUUCAGCCGAGUCAAGGCAAGCUAGUGUCACACAUAUAUUACCAGCUAUCGCUAACUGAGCUGCGGAACCUCAGUGGAGACGCAGUCCGUCUGUAGACUGGUGUUGAGGGCAGAAGGCCUCCGGUAUCGAUUACUCUUUCGGGCAGGUUAUCGUCUGCAGCGGAGAAUCUCCAACGGGAACUGACUCAAGUUGCUAGUUAAGUUGAUGCUAGCUAGUUGCGCAGAUUGACAGCUAACGCUAACUAAGUUAGCUCCUCUCAUUUGUAUUCGGCGUCAGUUUCAAAACAAAGCACCGCAGACCCGAGAAAUUGUUGCCCAGCUGUCAUCUCCAGACAAGCUAGCAUGGUCGAAGUCUGUCAAACCACCUGAGCCAUCCGGAUGAUCUUUUGUACUUUCGGUUAAUGCCCAAUCAACAUUGACUCACCGACGUUUCGGAUAAAUUUGGGGAAACUGUCUGCAGGUUUGAACUCCGGCAGCUCUCCGUAAGCUACGCGGUCGUGUCGCCGUUUAAACCAGUUUUUUAAGUUUUAUUUCAAACUUGGAGUUAAAUGUCCGAAAAGAGUUCGUCGUCCGGGUCGGACGAGGAUGUGGACCCUGAAUCCGGACAGCCCGAGGAGCUCGGAGGCGUUUUGAGCAAGUGGACGAAUUACAUACACGGGUGGCAGGACCGAUGGGUCGUGCUGAAGAACAACACUUUGAGCUACUACAAGUCGGUGGAUGAGCGGGAGUACGGCUGCCGGGGCUCCUUGUGCCUCAGCAAGGCUGUCAUCACGCCUCAUGAGUUUGACGAGUGUCGUUUUGACAUCAGCGUGAAUGACAGUGUCUGGUACCUCCGAGCCGAGGAUCCUGAGCACAGACACCAGUGGAUUGACUCUAUUGAACUGCACAAGGCCGAGUCUGGUUAUGGUUCAGAAACGAGUCUGAGGCGUCAUGGUUCCAUGUUGUCCCUCACCUCAGCAGCCAGCGCCCUGUCUUCCACAUCCACCUCUUCCUUCAAGAAGGGGCACAGGUUGCGCGAGAAGCUGGCAGAGAUGGAGACGUUUCGGGACAUUCUGUGCAGACAGGUGGACACCCUGCAGAAGUACUUUGACUCCUGCGCCGAUGCUGUUUCCAAAGAUGAAUUUCAAAGAGACAAAGUAGUAGAGGAGGACGAAGACGACUUCCCUCCCGGCACCAGAACCGAAGGCGAAUGCAAUCACAACAACAAUGGCAGCAAAGAGAAAUUGUUUGCCCCCGCCAGUCCCAAAGGUAUGAAUGGGAUCGACUUUAAGGGCGAAGCCAUCACCUUCAAGGCCACCACGGCAGGAAUCCUGUCCACCUUGUCCCACUGCAUCGAACUGAUGAUGAAACGAGAGGACAGCUGGCAGAAGAGGCUGGACAAGGAGCUGGAGAAGAGGAGGAAGCUGGAAGAUGCCUACAAGUCUUCUAUGAAUGAACUGAAGAAAAAGUCCCACUAUGGAGGCCCAGACUAUGAGGAGGGUCCCAAUAGUCUGAUCAAUGAAGAGGAAUUCUUUGAUGCAGUGGACGCCGCACUGGACAGACAAGACAAGAUAGAGGAGCAGUGCCAGUCAGAGAAGGUCAGGACAAAUCGACUGACUCCAGCUCCUUCUGUCGACGGCUACUCCACCAUUGGUACACACCGGUUUUCCACCAAGCCUCAUAGUCAUUCCUCUUCCUUGUGCUCUGUUGAGCUUGUCAGCGCUUCAGAUGACAUUCACAGAUUCAGCCCUCAGGUGGAGGAGAUGGUGAAGAAUCACAUGACUUACUCUCUUCAGGAUGUGGGUGGAGAUGCAAACUGGCAGCUGGUAAUAGAAGAGGGAGAAAUGAAGGUGUACAGGAGAGAGGUGGAGGAGAACGGUAUUGUCCUGGAUCCUCUCAAAGCUACACAUGCUGUGAAGGGGGUAACUGGACACGAGGUCUGCCAGUACUUCUGGGACACAGCUGUCCGAAUGGACUGGGAGACCACCAUCGAAAAUUUCAACGUUGUGGAAACGCUCUCCGAUAAUGCCGUCAUUGUUUACCAGACGCACAAGAGGGUGUGGCCCGCUUCUCAGAGGGAUGUAUUAUAUCUGUCCGCCAUCAGGAAGAUUGUGGCAACAAAUGAAAACGAUCCUGACACGUGGCUGGUGUGCAACUUCUCUGUGGACCAUGACAAUGCUCCUCCCACCAACCGGUGUGUUCGUGCCAAAAUCAAUGUCGCCAUGAUCUGCCAGACGCUGGUCAGCCCACCAGAGGGUGAUAAAGAGAUAAGCAGAGACAACAUCCUUUGUAAGAUCACCUAUGUUGCCAAUGUAAAUCCCGGUGGCUGGGCACCAGCUUCUGUCCUCAGAGCCGUGGCCAAGAGAGAGUAUCCCAAGUUCCUGAAACGCUUCACUUCCUACGUGCAGGAGCAAACUGCCGGGAAGCCCAUCCUCUUCUGAGCACUAAGAGAGGGCCGUGGUUUUCCCUCUGGAGGUGACUCUUGAUGACUACAGUUCCUGUUCGCCAGUCAGAACCUGCUUUCAGACUGCUACUUGCGGGGCAGCACUUCACCGGAAACCUGCGUGAAGACCGGACUGGUUUUACAGCUUUAAUGCAUCGGUAGAUCUCAUCCCAGCCGCGUUGUAAUGGCUUAGCGCCAUCUAUUGGUCGUGCCGCUGUUUGUAUGUAAUUUCAAGAGUGGUUUUUGAUUUAUUAUUUGCUCUCUUUUUUUUGUAAAUUGUUUUGUACAUUUCUUAUGAUUACAAACUAUUUGGGGGUUUCUUUAAUCACUAGUAUUACAGCUACUUGUUUCGCUGCUGCUAUAAAGUAACUACCGUAAGAGAGGAAAGUAACAAGCUAGAAACACGCAGGCGAGCUGUGGUACACUAUCUCCUCUUUAUUGCCUUCUCCUGUCCCUCUCGUGACAACUCUAUUUUUUUUUUUAUUUUUUUUUUAAAUUUGGAGUUUGAUGGGGGGUCAGAGCCUAAAGCUUUGAUAUCUUUAUAUUUCUAGAUUGUUCUAAAGUUGUUUUCAGAGAGCACAGUGGACACAAUGUAUUGUACAGAGAAAACGGUAAGUUUUCAGUUGGUUUACCAAUGUGAAAAAUGUGAAUUGACUGUUAAACGCUUGAAUUUGAUCACCCACGUGGGCCAAGGAUACACACAGACAUGAAUAGCGUAAUUAACUCAUGUUUGGCAAUAUUUUUGACAUGGCUGAACUGUGGUCUAUAGAUGCUACACUGCGGUCUAUUGUCAGCACGUAUCUGUCUCUAAACCGACGGAUAUUUUCUAUAGGCGGGCAGUGGCGUCUGGUAUGAAAAUUUCUCUCUUUCAUUGAGAGACGAGUGGAAACAUUUUGUACACUGUUGGUUUUUUCUUCGUUAUUUUCAGCCCCUGCUGGGGCAGGGAAUAAUCCGUCUGUCCCUUCACGAGGUUUUGUGAAUCAGCCCUGCUGCUUUUGUGCAGGAUGAGGUCUUCACCAUUCAGUCUCCGUCAUAAUGCUAAGAUUACAUUUCACAUCCCACACUACAGUGCAGAGGCCUCCUGCCCCCCCGCCCCCAUGACUGAUAAACUACCCCCAGAAUGCCUUAGACGCCGGGAUGGGCCCUAAACGUCCUGGCUCUCUCUACUGUACAGCCACCAGAUGUGCAUUUAUCAACACUGAAAUGAAGCUGGGGGAGCGGUCAGCAUUUCACAUCAUCUUACCUCAUUUAAAUGUUCUGAAGACUGUGUUCGAUGCCAUCAAAAGUCAGUAUAAUCGCCAGCAGUCUGAGGGGCUCAGAGGUGAGGAAGGAGCUGGAUUCGUUGUUUCGCUCAGAAUUACGAGAGCUAGAUCUACAAGCAAUGUCAGCUGAAGAAUGCAUUUAGUGUUUUUAAUUGUAAUACUUUGUCAGUAAUCUACACACACUUUGUAUAUUUCCAAGUUGUACAUCAGAAGUGUUAUUAUUUGCACUAAAUGUAAGGCAAUUUGACAAUGUUCUGUAAAUUAAAAUGAUCACACGA